AAUUUCAAUUUUGAUUCUAUCAAGGCUAACAUUAAAAUCGAUCUGGUGGUACUUUGGGCUGUUGCACCCGCACUCUUGCAUGAGCAGUGUGCCAAACAGGAUGAAAAAAAUCACGUGAUGAAAUCCAAUGUCUGGUUGGAACUUCAUUGGCACGACUAUCAGUUACAAUGGGAUCCCAGUGACUACCAAGGAAUACAAAAAUUAAGAAUACCAUCCGACAAGAUUUGGAAACCUGAUAUCGUUCUUUUCAAUAAUGCCGAUGGGAAGUAUGAAGUACGUUACAAAAGCAAUAUCAUCAUAUUUGCAGAUGGAAAUAUACAAUGGGUACCGCCAGCUCUUUAUCAAAGUUCAUGCACAAUAGAUGUUACUUAUUUUCCUUUUGAUCAACAAACAUGCUUAAUGAAAUUUGGCUCAUGGAUUUAUAACGGUGAUCAAGUCUCACUGGGAUUAUUAGACGAUAAAAAUUACGUAUCACUAUCAGACUACAGCAAAAGUGGUACCUGGGAUAUCAUUGAAUUGCCAGCAUAUUUGAAUGUAUAUUCAGAACCCAAUGCUCCAACAGAAACUGACAUCACAUUUUACAUAACGAUUCGCCGGAAAACGUUGUUCUACACAGUUAAUUUGAUAGUGCCAAUUAUAAUGGUAUCAUUUUUGGUUAUUGGAGAGUUUUAUUUACCAGCGGAAGCUGGUGAAAAAGUCACUUUGGGCAUUAGUAUACUCUUAUCGCUUGUUUUGUUCUUAUUAUUAGUCAGUAAAAUUUUACCGCCAACAUCAUUAGUGCUUCCGUUAAUUGCCAAAUACCUAUUAUUCAUAUUUUUGAUGAACCUGUUCGUUAUUUCAAUGACUGUGAUAGUCAUCAACUGGAAUUUUCGUGGACCAAAGACUCACCGAAUGCCGUCCUGGAUGCGUCUAGUUUUUUUGAAAUAUUUACCGACUAUAUUAUUCAUGCAAAGACCGAAGAAAACUUGA